CCGGGCCUCCGGCAAAAGCUCUAUAGGAUAAAGAGCUCUAGUGCGCGUGCGCACGCGCCCAAGGCCCCGGUUGGGCCGGAGGCUUCGAUAAGAGAGGAGCUCUGUUCGCGAGCUCCUCUCUAAGUUCUUCUAACUUGAAAAAGAGGUUAAAGGGAAAAAACAGAAAUUAUAACUGGUUGAACAAACAGUGACUACAGAAUUCAGGCACCAAAGAAGCAUGGGAAGUUCACCAGAGAUGCUCAUGAUAAAAGGUGCAAACACUCCUUGCAGGGACAGAUGCACCAGCUGAGAGCCAAGUUUCUUGUCCUUUCUGCUGCAAAGGAAGACUAAGACAUGCCCUUCAUCUCGGUGGCGGCCAUGACCUGGCUGGUCCUCCUGAGGACUUUCUCCACAGCACUGGAUCCAACUCUGGAGGAGGCCUGGAAAGAAUGGAGGAAAACCCAUAUGAAAAUCUACUCUAAGGGCAAAGAAGAGGCCUUCCGUAGAACGAUCUGGGAAGAGAAUCUAGCGAUGGUCAAACAACAUAACCGUGAGGCUGUCCUGGGGAAACACACUUAUCGGAUGGGCAUGAACCAAUUCAGUGACUGGACUGACGAGGAGUUUGAUCAGAGGAUGAGCUGCUUCGAUCUUGAGCUGGCUGAAGCAACUGGUUGGAACAAGACCAUCUUCCAAGAUUCUGAUGCACUGGAGACUCCCAAGUGGGUGGACUGGCGCACCAACGGCCACGUCACCCAAGUAAAAGACCAGGGCAAGUGUGGGUCGUGUUGGGCAUUCAGUGCUACCGGAGCCCUGGAAGCAUUUCAUUUUAAGAAUACAGGCAAACUGGUCUCAUUGAGUGAGCAGAACCUCAUUGACUGCGCUAGGAAGCCGGGUGAAGGAUGCGAAGAAGGGUACUACACAACAGCCUUUAAGUACGUGCAGGAUAACAAGGGCAUCAACUCCGAGGAGACCUACCCAUAUGAGGGAGAGGAAGGACUCUGUCGUUACCAACCUUCAAAGAAAGUGGCCACAUGCACUGACUUCAGAAGCUACGGAGACUGGGAUGAGACACACCUGGAAAAACUUGUGGCCACGGUUGGCCCCAUUUCCGUUUCUGUGAACGCUAAUUGCUUGAGGCACUACGAAUCUGGAAUUCUGUACUCGGAGAGCUGCAGCAAAACCACAAACCAUGCCAUGCUGGUGGUUGGCUAUGUCAGCACCAAGAAAAAUGCGGAAACAUUUGGCUACUGGAUCUUGAAGAACAGCUGGGGUACUCACUGGGGCAGAAACGGUUAUGGAAGGAUUGCAAAAGGAGCUGGCAAUCAAGGUGGUAUAGGAAGCUAUUACGGCUUCCCUGUAUGAUGAUCAGCCAUAGGCCGGCUAUGACCCAUUCUUCCGGAACCUUCCCAGCUUCAGCGCCACAAAACUUCUACUGUUGAAUUGCUUUUGCUUAUUUCAUCGUUUUCCAUGCAGUGGAAAUGACAUCCUGCAGAUUUGAAAUUCCAAAUGUUUCUACCAGUUCGAUAAAACAUCCGGAGACAUUUGCAUCAGGCUAAAUUUGGACAUGUCUGUCUACAUUGGGAUGAACUUUUCAUACAUUUGGCAUUCCCAUGGAGUUUCAAUAAUAUCAGAACUAGGGAGUCAAAAUUUUAGGUUCAGUUCUAGUUUAGACAGUAACUCAACAAAGUGGUCUGGUAACCAAUUCACACAUUUUGAACUGUAGAUUUACUUCAUGCUUUUCUGCUUGCAGUGUAGCUCUGUCAGAUGAACAGAAGGGCAACUGCUUACCAUGAGGGGAAAAGAUAGAAGAAUAUUUUUAAAUUUUAUAAACAAAAUACAUAACGCUGGAUUUAAAAAUCCUGGAAAAUAAAACAUGAAUCCUGCAAUUGAAAGCUGAAUGUUUGAAUACUAACUCAAUUACAGUGCCAAAAUACCAGAGAGCUCUGAUGCUGGCAUGUUGUAAUGCCAUACAAACAGCAAUUUUGGAAGGGAGAUAUCAAAAAAUUCCCUUUAAAGAACAUUUUUGUCACUGUAAUUCAGGAGAUAUUGAAACCACAGCUCAUGUGCUCCUUUGUCAAUGUUUUCGAGAUUUACGGCACAAACUUAUAACUCUUUUUAUAAGUUGGUCAUAUGAGCUCUUUUUACCUUGAUUAUCUUCUAGCCGACCAGAAUGAUUUAAUAUCUUAUAAUGUGGCUAAGUUUUGGUUGCUAGCCAGCAAAACCCGCCAGGAGCUCAUUAUGAAUUCAAUUCAGUUGCUCUGUUUUGAGGAUUAACUUGCUAAUGUUAUAGUAAAACUUUAUGGUUUACUCUGUUGCACUUUUGUAUGUAUAUAUUACUAUUGUACUGGUUUGUGACUCCAAUAAAGAAUUUGAUUUGAAUACUAAA